AUAACAAAAUAAUAGUACAGAUAUUUUGGAUAUCUGUACUAUUUGUACUGUUACCAACAAUUCUGUUGUCUGUACUGUUACUAACAAUUCUGGCUGAAAUCCAUGUACAGCAAGAAGGAUUCCAGUGAGAAAGCAAGUGGUUUAAAAUUAUCUUUGGGGAUUCAAUUUUAAAAUGUUUUCCUUAAUGCCCUUCUUGUCCUCCUUUCCCUCUCUCCCCAGCCCAAAGAUCUUUUAGUAUUCUCUUCCUUUACUGCUACUGAUUAUUAUAUUAUUCAUCUAUUUAAAAUAGGAAGGAUGGAGCAGAAAGUAUUCCGUUUUCUGGCAAAAAGCCCUGAAUAUCAUUUGGGGAAAUUCAUCCCUAAGAAGCACUGAAUGAGCUAUGUGGUGUCAUGUUUAAAAUAGUUUAUCCAUAGUAUGUAUUAUGAACAAUGUAGCUUCCUCUAUUAGUUUGCAAGGGCUGCCAUAACAAAGCACUACAAACUUAUUUCCUCACAGUUCUGGAGGCUAGAACUCUUAAGAUCAAGGUGUUGGUAAGGCUGAUCUCUUCUGAGGACUCUCUCCCUGUCUUGUAGAUGGCCAUCUUCUCCCUGUGUUUUCAUGUUGGCUUCCCUGUGUCUGUCCAUGUCCUAAUCUCUUCUUCUUAAAAAGACACCAGUGAUAUUGGAUUACAGUCCACUUAUAUGACCUCAUUUUACUUUACCUGUUUAAAGACCCUAUCUCCAAACAGUUUCAUUCUGAGGUACUGGGGGUUAGGACUUCAACAUAUGAAUUUUGGGGGAACACAACUCAGCCUAUAAUACUUCCUAUCUGCAUCACAGAGCUGUUAGCCUAAAUAAGAGAAUUACUUAGGAGAACAAUGUGAAUGUAAUUAUAUCCUGUAUAAGAGGGUGUCUGUUAAGGUCGUUAAAUUAGUCACAUGGUCAACUAUUUUAAAAUCAUUUGUGAAUUUAAGUUGCUUGUAAGGAAAGAUGUUAGUGGCUACUAUUUUGGAGAACAGGCUCUGAAGAGAAUCAGAUGAUAUAUUGAAGAUCAUCUGUGCAAACAAGUGGUAAAAUUUUUUAAAUUCUCUAAAUUGAAAAAAAAUGAGAAAAGUAAUCUAACAAUGGUUACUUAUAGAAGAUAAGAGGUGUGUUUUUUGGGGAAGCUUAAAAUAAUUUAUGAAGAGCAUGGCAAAAAUAGUAUUAGAACAGAGUAAAUGUGAAAUAAAGAAUAAAAAGGAUCAGAAAAUGGGAAACAUUUGUUCAUUAUCAUCAGUUACGUUGAUUUAUACGAGACUGGCCUUUUAGCAGACAGAAAAUGGUCUAGUAUCGACAAUUCUGUGUCAACCUAACAUAAAAGAAACCAGAGGAUUUAGCCUGUAGAAGACAGAAAAGGGAAGUGACUACAAGCCAUAAUUACGGAAAAUUAAAGGACUUUGUAUUGAAAGCAUUACACAAUUCUCACUUAAAAUCUCAACCUCAGCAUAGUUAUAGUGAUAUUGUGACCCACUCCUCACCCGAUUGAUUUCCUUUUUAUAUUAUUAGCUACUUAAAUCAUCCAAGCAAAUUUCUGGAUUAGGUCUUCGGCUUUACCCAGGCCACACGCUGAAACGGACGCUGAACUUUCACUCUCCACAUAAAAGGGAUAUUCCCGUGUAUGGCAAGUUAUAAGAGCUUUACUCCAUCACCCCACCGACCCCACUAUUCCCCACCCAUCCUUUCUCCGGAGCGUUGGCCACCUACAUCUACAAAUUCUACACAUUGCAUUUCCAUCAUCCUGCUGUCAGUGGGUGGAGGAAAGGGUCAUUUCUUCCUCCGAAUCCCGAUUUGGAUAAAGCAGUACCCCUGUCUUUUUGCUACCAGGAGAUAGGGCGGGGACCCCCCUCGCCCAGCUCAGGGUAGAAGCGCUGGUGUUGAGGCUGAGUCGUACGAGGGGUCUGUUGACCUGGCACGGUUUAAGCACUCAAUUGACAAAUAACACAAGAAAUCCGGUAACCAAUCAGAGCGUAAGGGUGUGGUGCGAGCAUCUUUUUUUUCAGGGGCGGUCACAGCCAAGUCUGACCCAGCGAAGGGGCGCGACCCGGAUAGGGCGGCCAACUUCCAGACAGCUUGCCCAGCCUGGUCCGCGGACCGCCACAGCCUGGUUGCGAGCGCGUCCCCGUUUCUUCUCGGGCGUCGCUGAUUGGAGGGGCUGGGGAGGAAGCGGUGGGCGCAGCCAAUCCGGAGCGGCCUCCGCCGCUCUCCUCCCCGCCCCCGGGCUUCCAGGGUAGUUGGCCUUGGGGCCGAGCACCGGUGUCUGCGUGUGCUCUCCUGAGGAUAGCGGCAGGAUCCCGGGGCUGAGGACUCCGGCGUACAGGCCAUGGCUUCCGCCGGGCUGCCCCAGCCUCCCGCCGAGGACUCCCCCUGGCCUCUGCGCCUUCUGCACGCGCCCCCGGGGCUGCUGCGGCUGGACCCCACGGGCGGCGCGCUGCUGCUUCUCGUUCUCGCCGCGCUGCUGGGCUGGAGCUGGCUGUGGCGGCGCCCGAAGCGGGGCAUCCCCCCCGGGCCCACGCCCUGGCCCGUGGUGGGCAACUUCGGCUUCGUGCUGCUGCCGCCUUUCCUCCGACGGAAGAGCUGGCCGUACCGGCGGGCAAGGACCGGAGAAUUGAAUACCUCGGGCCUGGGCGUGCAGUUGCUCCUGGCAGACCUGGCCCGUGUGUACGGCAACAUCUACAGCUUCUUCAUCGGCCACUACCUGGUGGUGGUCCUCAACGACUUCCACAGCGUGCGCGAGGCGCUGGUGCAGCAGGCCGAGGUCUUCAGCGACCGCCCGCGGAUGCCGCUCAACUACAUUCUGACCAAGGGGAAGGGGAUUGUAUUCGCACAUUAUGGUCCAGUCUGGAGACAACAGAGGAAGUUCUCUCAUUCAACUCUUCGUCAUUUUGGCCUGGGAAAGCUUAGCUUGGAGCCCAAGAUUAUUGAGGAGUUCAAAUAUGUGAAAGAGGAAAUGCAAAAGAAUGGAGAAGUCCUCUUCAAUCCUUUCCCCAUUGUCAACAACGCUGUCUCUAACAUAAUUUGCUCUUUGUGCUUUGGCCAGCGGUUUGAUUACACCAAUAGUGAGUUUAAGAAAAUGCUUAAUUUUAUGUCACGAGCGUUAGAAAUCUGUCUGAACACCCAGCUCCUCUUGGUCAACAUAUGCUCGUGGCUUUAUUACCUUCCCUUUGGACCAUUUAAGGAAUUAAGACAGAUUGAAAAGGAUUUAACUAUUUUCCUUAAAAAAAUCAUCGAAGACCAUCGAGAGUCUCUGGAUGUAGAGAACCCUCAGGACUUCAUAGACAUGUAUCUUCUCCAUGUGGAGGAGGAGAGGAAAAAUAAUAGCAAUAGUAGUUUUGAUGAAGAUUACUUAUUUUAUAUCAUUGGCGAUCUCUUCAUUGCUGGCACUGAUACCACAACUAACUCUUUGCUUUGGUGCCUCCUGUAUAUGUCACUGAACCCCGACAUACAAGAAAAGGUUCAUGAAGAAAUUGAAAGGGUCAUUGGUGGUGACCGUGCCCCCUCCCUCACUGACAAGGCCCGGAUGCCCUACACAGAAGCCACCAUCAUGGAGGUGCAGAGGCUGAGUGUGGUGGUGCCACUGUCCAUCCCUCACAUGACCUCAGAGAAAACAGUGCUCCAAGGGUAUACCAUUCCUAAAGGCACGAUAAUAUUACCCAACUUGUGGUCAAUACACAGAGACCCAGCCAUUUGGGAGAAGCCAAAUGAUUUCUACCCUAAUCGAUUUCUGGAUGAUCAAGGACAACUUAUUAAAAAGGAAACAUUUAUUCCUUUUGGGAUAGGGAAGCGGGUAUGUAUGGGAGAGCAGCUGGCAAAGAUGGAAUUAUUCCUGAUGUUCGUGAGCCUCAUGCAGAGUUUCACAUUUGCUUUGCCUAAGGACUCGAAGCCGAUCCUGACUGGGAAAUAUGGUCUAACCUUAGCCCCACAUCCGUUUAACAUAAUCAUUUCAAAGAGAUAAAGAACAUCUCCAGGAAGAGAUGGUGCAGAGAAUGUAAAUACAUGUCCUUCUAAACAGAUUCUUCCUUUUGUAAUUGACAGCGGAUCCAGCAACUCUGCAGGUCUAGGUUAGGCUUGGAUUAGAGAGAGAUUGGAAAGAGGGUAGAGCACGUGGGACCUUUCGUCUUGGAGGGUUCCUCAGAAGGAAACUUCAGCCAUUUUAGUAAUGCACGUGACUUGAGGGAUGGUGACGAAAGUACUGGAUUCGGAAGCAGGGGAUCCGGAUUUUAUUCCCAGCAGCCUCCACCAAUGAGCAUUUCUUCUCAUCCCUCAGUGCCUCAGUCAUUCCACGUGGAAAAUGACGGUAACAAAAUUUGACUUCUCUCUCUGUCUUGGCAUGAAUGAUGGUCAAACGCUCCAUCUUUUCUGACAUCACCAAAGCACUGUUAAGCUCUGGAGAACAAAUUCAGGAGGAGGAGGAAGACCUACCUGUUUAAGACCCAUGACAACGUGAAAGUGGUGUUCAGACUUGAAUACUUCAUCAGAGAAGGACGUGGGUUUAGGGGACAGUGAAUUAGAGCUUUUCUUAUUUAUUUAUUUUUUUACUUAAUUUCUUUUUGGCUGUGUUGUGUCUUCGUCACUGCGUGGGCUUUCUCUAGUUGCGGUGAGCA